CACCAAAACAUUUCAGUUUGGUGGCAAUUGGUUCCGUUCCACGACAGAGAGAUCAAGCUGCUGCCAUUGAUUUCAACGUAGUUUUCGUGGUUAGGGUUUCCAAUCUCCAUUAAUUUCGUCUUCUCUUCCGUUCAUUCUUGUCCUGUAAUUUUCUGUAAUUUUUCUUUCACUUCGGCCGGCGAGGGACCUCCCGCGUACGGGAGGGAUAUAAGACUAUGGGUGGUGGCGAUGGAGAUGUGUCUGGUGCCAGCGACACGACCUCUGCCGAAGGAGUCAAAGUCAACGUCAACAUUCGAUGUUCCAAUGGUUCUAAGUUUUCUGUUCUUGUUAACCUCGAAUCCUCCGUUGGAUCCUUUAAAUCGAUCCUUGCCGAGCAGAGCGAGGUUCCACCCGAUCAGCAGCGCCUGAUUUACAAGGGUCGGAUUUUGAAAGAUGAUCAAACCCUAAAAAGCUAUGGGUUAGAGGCAGAUCACACCGUCCAUUUGGUUCGUGGAUCGGCACCUGCUGUGCCGCCGACCAAUCCUGCUACUGCGCCCAAUGCUAGCGUUCCGAACACUACUUCGACUAACGCAAGAAGUGUUGGAUUAAAUGAAGGUGGAGCACUGGGGGGAGGAUUUGGCUUGGAAUCUUCCCUAUUUCCUGGACUUGGUAUUGAUGGGCUUGGUGCCACUGGUGGCUUGUUUGGAGCUGGUCUUCCCGAGUUUGAUCAGGUACAGCAGCAGCUGACCCGCAAUCCAAACAUAAUGAGAGAAAUAAUGAACAUGCCUGCCAUACAAAACAUCAUGAAUAAUCCAGACAUCAUGAGGAACUUGAUCAUGAACAAUCCUCAAAUGCGUGAAAUAAUGGAUCGUAAUCCCGAGCUUGCACACAUUCUCAACGAUCCCAAUACUCUCCGACAGAUGCUUGAGGCUGCAAGAAAUCCUGAGCUUAUGAGGGAGAUGAUGCGGAAUACUGAUAGAGCAAUGAGCAACAUAGAGUCUUCCCCAGAGGGGUUUAAUAUGCUUAGGCGCAUGUAUGAAACUGUUCAAGAGCCAUUUCUAAAUGCAACAACUAUGUCUGGAACUGCUGGAAAUGAAGCCUCGAACCCAUUUGCUGCACUUAUGGGGACGGGUGGGAAUGUGACCAAUAAUACAACAUCCAAUUUAUCUACUACUAAUUCUGAUACGACUAAUGAAUCUCCUUCUCCAAAUACAAACCCACUUCCAAACCCAUGGACCCCUGCUAGCACUGGUGGUACCCAAACUAACACUACAAGGUCAAAUCCUACUCCAAAUGUUAGUGCUCAAGUUCCCACUGGUUUAGCUGGGCUUGGUCUUCCAAAUCUCGAGGGCAUGUUGGGUGCAACCCCAGAUACCACUGGUCUGAAUCAGUUAAUGCAGAACCCAGCUAUUUCACAGAUGAUGCAAAGUGUUCUAUCAAACCCCCAGUAUAUGAACCAGAUUCUUGGUCUCAACCCUCAACUGCGUGGCAUGCUUGAUUCCAAUCCUCAGCUUAGAGAGAUGAUGCAGAAUCCUGAAUUUCUACAACAGUUGACCUCUCCUGAGACAAUGCAGCAAAUGUUUACUUUGCAGCAACAACUUCUGUCACAGCUUGGCCGCCAGCCCACCCCGAACCAAGGUCAGACUGGUGGAGGCACAGGGGCUGCGAACAAUUUGGGGUUGGAGACGCUGAUGAACAUGUUUGGUGGGCUUGGCGCUGGUAGCUUAGCUGUGCCCAACAGAUCCGAUGUACCACCGGAAGAACUGUAUUCUACGCAGCUCACACAGCUGCAAGAAAUGGGAUUCAUUGACAGACAGGAGAACAUGCGAGCACUGAUUGCCACUGCAGGAAAUAUCCAUGCUGCUGUUGAGCGAUUACUGGGGAAUUCAGGGCAGUAGCUGAUCGAUCCCACGGAUAGCACCGAUGCAUUUGAUAUGGCCCGAUCGACAGCUGAGGAAGUGACUUGUGGAGGUGAAAUUGAGUCCAAGUUUUGGUAUAAGAGCGGUUAAGGUCGGGAAUACAAUCCCUGAAUUAUAAGGUCUCACUCUUUCUCAGGUUCUUGGAAUUUCUUUAAUACAUAUUAUUCACUUACAUGAUAUCGAGCUCUGUCAUAUGAACUGUGUGGAAAAUAUGUUUAUUUUAGAUAAUAUUUGUUGUUCUUUCUCUUGGUUCAUGAAUUGAGUUGAUUGAGGUUGCUCUUUUGUUUA